UCGAGGACCGGUCCUGGGACCCGGAUUGGCCAUGAGUUUUAGAUGAGGAGCCAUGGGCUGUCAGGCUGGAAAGUCCUUGGCAUGCCUGCACAGCAAAGAUGAGGAGGCCAUCGGGGUAGUCCAUCUGGACCUACCCCGCCGAGUCCAUGUCCACUGACACGGGUGAUGCGGUACUGGAAGAGUUUGAACAAGUGCCGGAAGAGGAUUUGGUGAUUCGACCUGUCUCUGAAGAUGUUGGACCUUGCGUAGUGGGAUUUCCGGUGUCGACCGUCGCGGAGCCGGUCACCGUGCGAGUGAAAGAUGCCUCCAGCGUUGUGAAUGCCGUCCCCGAUAUCCCAAGAAGGACAAAUUGUGGCCGAUGUGCCCAAUGCUGCGUAAGUGUUGACUGUUCAUAGCUGUGGAUGUUUCCCAGUUUUGUGGCUCUCUUGGUGACGGCCUAUCCAACUUGGUAUCUCCGUGUACAUGGGCAACAUCGUGGCCUUGACCAACACAGCGAUAGUGUGCGAUAGUGAGACCUGUGUGUGGUCUUAGUUUAGUCAGAAAUGCACAGAAAAUCUAGGGUAAUUCAAAAAUUUAUCAGGGUUGGUGCCUGGCAACUGGACACCAUUGAG